AUGGAUCAUCAGCAUUGUGUGGAGUGUACUAAUUUUAUGAAGGAAAAAAAAAAGGAUGCAAGGGGUCCCCAUUUGGAAAAGCUCCCCAUCGAUGUUAACGGGGAGAAGUUCCUCCACAAUUUUACAACUUACUUGAGGAAUGUGAACCAAGCAUUUAUGCACUCGCGCCACGAAGUGUUUUCCGCUUGCAACUGGAGCAAUUUGGAAAGGGUCCUAGCCGAUUACGGUUCCAGCGAUGUUGUAAAAGCGUUCAGUGCGAGAUUGGCUUGUGCGCGAAGCUUUAGGCUGGCGUUGACAGAGAGUUAUAAGAUGCACAAGGAGGAUCAGUACAUGAAAAGCACUUUGGAUCGGCAGAGCCAGAUUAGACACCGCAAAUUAAAACAAAGGCACUACGAGCAGAUGGAGAAGCAGAUGUUCGCGCGGAACCAGAGAGAGUACAGAGCCUUCGAAAGGAAAGAGCUGCAAAACGAGCGCGAAAAGGGGAAACGAAAAAUGCAGGGUGUUGUCAAGAACAUCAUCCACGCCGCGUUCAAGGUGGCACAAAUGGGAACCACCUACGGAGAUUCCUAUUUUUACAACACUUUGUUCUCCUUGGAGAAGUCUUUUUUUAUGAGAAAAAUAAAAAAUAUGAGUGAGCUUGCCCAGAAUAAUACCCGCAUGAAUGAGCUAACUGUGGCGAGCACGCCGAUGGGUCUGUUUGAGAAAGGGGAAAAGAAAGAGGAAAAAAAAGGGGAGACAAAAGGGGAGGCAAAAGGGGAUAAAACAGGGGAGAAAAAAGGGGAUAAAACAGGGGAGGAAAAAGGCGAGAAAGAGCAAAAAAUGGAGGGGAGAACAACUGGAGGCAGGUCUAUGGGACCGCUCCUCCGGGGUUCGCUUAACCAGCUGAAUUUUCUGAGAUGCCAAGGAACCGUGGACAGGUUUUUCCUCCUGGAUCUGCGAAACAUCUCAGGAAAAAGACACAGCACAGAGAAACGUGCAUACAUGCACAUGUUGGCGGAUCUAGCUAACCAAGGCGAGCUGUCUGGAGUGAACAGGAAAGAACUCCAUUCUGAACGUCCGGACAUACGUUAUGGAAAGCGCUACUCCAAUUAUAGAGCAAAAAUGUUGGAGGGCCUCCCACAGAUCGAUCUGAAUUACGUAAAGGAGAAACUGGGGGAUAAACACUUCUCCAUUUUGCCAAUGGACCUUGUUGAAGAAAUGUACUAUAGUCAUCUUUUUUUUUUUUUUUUCUCUCUCUCUUUUCUUUUCUACCUUUCCAGGCCGAGGGAGAGCCCUUCCUGGGGGAAGUACAAAUUUCCCCUAAGAAUUGCAAUCACAGGGAAAAUCAAAAAAGACGCUGAAAGGUUGGCUGAACAUCUAAGGAGGAGAUUCCACCUAAAGGUGUACAACGCUGAUGAGAUCGAAGAGGACGUCCGGCGGAUCUGCAGCGGAGGGAGCAAUCACGAUGGUAAGUACCCGCGGGAGGAAGCAACUACACACACACAAAUGAACAGAAGGAGAAUCGCCAGGAAGAUAAAAAGGAUUGCUCAAACAUUAAGACAAAAGAAUUAUGAAGAAAAAAACAGGGACAGUCUCUACGCCGAUCUGUUGUAUUACGUCAUAAAGCAUGAUUAUGACCUCUUUCAUCUGAGCAGAAGGCGGAGGAAGAGCAAAGUGUCCAUGGAAGUCUCCCCAAACGAAGGAAGAAGCAACUCAAAAAGGAACAAGUACAGAGGAUACAUCAUCGUCAACUUUUUUUAUUCCCUAAAACAGUACAUCCUGUUUGAGCUGAAAGUGAAGAAGAUUUUUAUUUUCAACGAUUUUUUACAUGAACAUGUUGAUAAUUUAAAAAGGGGAGAAAUAUCACGUGAGGAUAACACACCCCGUAAUAAUCAACCAGAGAUGCCAAGAGAAGAAGACGCAAAACAGGGAGUGAACUAUCCUUGUAGGAAAACUUCACCAAAGGGAAAGAACAAACAGAGUGGUAAUAAGAAGCAAAACGGUAAAGCUGCCACAACGGGGAGUCCCCUCCCCAAGGAUAGCGAUGCACACAUGGAGGAGCAAAUCACAACAGGACAGCUUACAACCCAGAUGGAAAAAAGAAACAUUUUAUUCUUCUCCAAUUUUAUUUGCAACAUUGAUCAUUCGAAUCGCGUCAAGGGAAAGGACCACUUCUCCGGGGCGACUGAUUUACACUUCCAUGUUGAUAGGAGCAAUAGGGAGAUAAACCGAAUUUUAUUUCGCCGCAUCACCAAGGGAGAACUCUCCACGGAGGCUGGCCGAGAAGAGGACAAGGGUGGAAACACAGAGGGAAACUCCUCCCCCAAGAUGAUAAGUGAUGGAUUCGUAAAACUGAAAAGAAUCAACACUACUAGUGUGCUAAGAAGGCAAAGCGACACCGAACUUGGGACGCCACAAAAUUGUAAAAAAAAAAACAAGCAUACAAUGAGGUGCAGAAUUGUAAGUAGGAGAAAGCUUCAAAAAAAGAGGCAAGACGAGAAAGACACCAAGUGUACGUUCUUGGAUAACGAAGGAGUCGACCCUGAUGAGGAAAGGUUCCGCUCCAACUUGCUUCUAAUGAGACGGAUUUUCCAGAUGGACCGAAAUUGUCAAGAGGUAGAGGCAUUCCUAAAAGCGUAUGACGGGAGGUCCAUAUACCCACGGUUUCAUCGGCUGGGGAGGGACCCUUGCAGAUCGGCGAGUCUUCUCGUUUGGAAGGUUUUGCGCAAUGGACGGGGGAGGAAGAUGGAGGAGCCCAGAGGAGGGGAAGUGGAUGACUCCGUGGGGGGCAUAAUCCAAGAAGACGCUAAAAUGGAGGGUAACUGUGGUGCUAGAGGAGGCUCUCCCCGCAGGAUAGACACCGACACAGCCAUCUACUUCAAAAUGCGGUACUGUAACGUUAUCAAGGAAUACGUAUCCCACAUGUUUAACCUCUUCGUGUGGAAAGAAAAUCUGAAAAAAAACGUGGAGCAGACGGUUCAGAACAUACACAGCAAUAUGCACAUGUUCACAGACCAUGUGGAUAUUGAACCCAUUAACGAAAUAAUCCAAUCUUAUAAUCGGUUGAGACAAUCUGGAGUUCAAAACGAGAAAGUGGAGCUAGUCCUGUGUAAGGCGAUAGACACCAUUAUGAUGAGAAGCUGGCUUCACAUUUUGAAGGGGAAAAAUGACUCCAGACAGAAGGAGAAAAUGUGCAUACAGAAAUGGAUUCACAUGCAGAUGUUUCUCCUGAUCUUUUUCGCCUUCUAUCGGAUCAGCAUAGAACAUGAGUUGUAUGUUAAGCUGUCCCACUUUGUCAACGAAAUGGUGUGCUGCCUGCUCAGUCAGGAGGAUGGGUCGCCAUCCAAAAAUGAGAAAGAGAAACACUUGCUCAUUUUUAAUUAUUUCCCGAAAAGUAAAAAAGAUUUUUACUCCUUCGAGGGGGACAAUUAUCACUUCCCAUUUUUGCAAACUCUUCGGGAGGAUGUGCGCAAGUUUCUAACGGACCAUCUGAACGGAAGAAGUUCAAGCAAGGCACGAAGUGAUCAGUCCAGUGGUCAUGACCCCGUCUUCCACACAGGACAGGAGAAGGAUACCCUCCGUUUGACCAAAGAGUUCCAUCUCUUAAACAGCUUCAGAUUUGUUCACAAAUUUAAUUGCCUUCUCAACGAUACGGUUUCAACUCUCAGAGCGUACUUUUUCAUUUUUCACGAUCUUAAUAACUACAUCGACGAUUUUAUCGCUUUGCACUACUUCUCCAUGUACAAACAGGUGAACUUCGCUUGCGCGCGCGUAAAACGGGCCAUCCGAAAGGGAAGGCAUAUCCAUUUUUACUACACAGGGAGGCUUCGAAAAGGAAGGGAAGAAAGACGCCUUCGGGAUGGGAAUGGAAAAGGGAGAGAAUGGAAGAAGACCUCGUCUGGCUUGGCCCAAUCUAGGAAGGAGGACAACAUCUCAGUCAACACGGCAUACAAAUCUGCAAAGAGGAGAAAAAAAACAAAAUGCAACAUUAAAAAUGAGGAACAUCCCUCUUUUAACAUCACCGAAAUGAAACAAUCUUUGCGAAAUAACAUGACGUUUACUUUUUUCAAAAAUAUCUUGAGCCACAUCCUUGUAGAACAUCACUCCGUUAUGAUAUCCAGAGCGGACCUCCAAAAUGCUAUCGCGAAGAGUCUCCUUUUUGUGAAGGAUAAGACAGAACAAGUGAAUAUCUCCAAAUUGAUUGGUGGGACUCUCCUAGACUCCUAUUUCAAAGAACGCAGUGUCUCCCCGGAGCCCUUCCUCCUAGAAGGAAGUCGGAAAGACGAUAAUAACGAUUCGACAUGUGUCUUUCCUAACAGGGAGGGAGAACGAAACAGAUAUGUUUUCUUCCUAGACUUCUUUCUCUUUCUUAUUUUUUUUUUCUUCAAAAAGGAGAACCAUCGUAAUUGCGCUCACAAGAUUUUUCCGAAUUACUUGAACGUCCUGGAGCAGAAGAUGGCAUCCAAGGGAGAGCUCAGUGGGGGCGAAAGGCUGCAGGUGCUAAGGGGCUGCCUCUCCUUUUGGGCAAGCUUGACUGAUGAGGACAGCCCGCUUGGCGGAGGUGGUUUGGCUGAGCAGGGCGUGACCGCAUGGGCCGAAAAGGGCAGAGAAAAGGGCAGAGAAAAGGGUGCACAGAAGCAAGACGGUGCAGAGAAGGGUGCAGAAGAGGGUGCAGAAAAAUGUGGCUCGGAAGACGCCGCGAAAGCUUCUUCAUACGAUGCCGCUAAGCAGGCAGCUAGCCAAAACUGCGCAGAAAGAAACCACCUUAAUGGCACACACCAGGAAAAAAAUUUCCAAAAUUGCGAAGAAAGCAUCGACUACUUCACAUUCGCACAGUUUGCCGCCUUGGGACUAUUCGACUUCGCGAAGGACACACAGAACAAGCUCACAAAGGAAGAAACAAAAAAGCAAAACUACGAAAUUUAUCUGCUAAAUAAACUUGUUUUUAAUUGUUUAUUUUCACUUAGUUUAUUUCCUAAUUUUUACGAACAUGUCCAAAUAUAUGUAAGAAAAUAUUUGUUGAAAAAAAAUGCAGAAUUGGUCUCCUACUUUGAAAAGUGCGUGUUGGAGAAAAUGAAAAAUACAGAGGAGAGGGGGUAUGUCCACGUCGCCCCUGCGCAGGCAUGGGGGGAGGGAGUAAAUGAUUUGAGAAAGGGGCAAGACCAUUCUGCGACGCUGUUUAAUAAUACAAAAAAAAAGGUAGGAUAG